AUGGGAUAUUCAGGCUAUCCUGGCCUUGAAGACCUUCUCCUACCUAUUCCUGAUGAGGCACCUGCAAAGUCGCCAAUAAACAGCAAUGCUACGCCUACGCGGCGUUCACCCAUUCCUACCUGCCGAAUGCCCCCAAGCGUUCAUCACCAUUCCUCCCAUCGCAUUCUUGCACCCUCUAUAGGCAGUCCGCGCGCGCUCCUCGCCCGCAUUCCAUCGCUUUUCCAUCGCCCUCACUCCCACGCAGACGAAGCAACGGAACUCCAACAGGCACAAAAGCAAGGGAUCUUCUCUCAACUAGGUCCUUGCAGUGUCAAAGUCGCUGCUGUACGGGAUAAAAAGGUAUUCAUUCCUCGCAAACGCAGCAGCAGAGCGGCCAAUCGCAUGGCCAGGGGGUCGUCAUCGCAAUCUCAGCCUGCUGCUACUUCAACGUCCGCAACGCAAACUACUCCAAAUGGUAGCGCUCAGGCUACCACGCUAGGUGCGCCAACCAUACGGUCCGCGACUGCUCAUGUUGUUGGCUCGUCUCGUACUUUUGAUUUGUUGCGCACCUCUCCCAAGCGCCGAUAG